AUGGCGAACCAAACGCCCGCCGUUGUCAUGGACAACGGCACGGGUUUCUCCAAGCUCGGUUUCGCUGGAAAUGACUCCCCGUCCUUCGUCUUCCCGACCGCCAUCGCGACCAAGAGCGGCGCUGGCGGAGGCGGCGGCUCCGGCUCCGGCCGCCCGUCCGUCGCCAACAAGCCGUCCUUCCUCACCGGCGGCGCUGGGCCUAGCAGCAGCCACCUGAGCUCCAAGCGAGGCACAGAGGACCUCGACUUUUACAUUGGCGAUGCUGCCCUGAGCGCCGCGUCGGGACCUGGAUAUGGCCUUCAUUAUCCUAUCCGCCACGGCCAAAUAGAGAACUGGGACCACAUGGAACGGUUCUGGUCUAAUUCCAUCUUCAAGUACCUCCGAGUAGAACCUGAAGACCACUACUUUCUCUUGACUGAGCCGGCAAGUCCCCUGAACCCGCCCGAGAACCGCGAAAACACGGCCGAAAUCUUCUUCGAGUCCUUCAACUGCGCGGGCAUGUACAUUGCCGUUCAGGCUGUGCUCGCCCUUGCCGCGUCCUGGACUUCCUCCAAAGUGACGGACCGGUCGUUGACGGGAACGGUCAUCGACUCCGGUGACGGUGUCACCCACGUCAUCCCCGUCGCGGAGGGAUACGUCAUCGGCUCCUCGAUCAAGUCGAUCCCCAUCGCAGGCCGCGACAUCACGUACUUUGUCCAGUCUCUGCUGCGAGACCGAGGCGAGCCCGACUCGUCGCUCAAGACGGCGCAGGAGAUCAAGGAGGAGUACUGCUAUGUCUGCCCAGACAUCGUCAAGGAGUUCAGCAAGUACGACCGCGACCGCGAGCGUUUCGCCAAGCAUGUCGUUACGCACCCGGGCGGCCGCCAGGUCACCGUCGACGUCGGCUACGAGCGCUUCCUCGCCCCCGAGAUCUUCUUCAACCCCGAGAUCUACAGCUCCGACUUCCUGACGCCCCUCCCGACCGUCGUCGACGGCGUCAUUCAGCAGUCUCCCAUCGACGUGCGCCGCGGCCUGUACAAGAACAUUGUCCUCUCGGGUGGAAGCACGCUGUAUAAGGACUUUGGCCGACGGUUACAGCGCGACAUCAAGCAGCUGGUGGACGCCCGCAUCAAGGCAAGCGAGGUCCGCAGUGGGGGCGCCCGCAGCGGCGGUCUCGAGGUCCAGGUCAUCACGCACAAGCGGCAACGGCACGGUCCAUGGUUCGGCGGAAGUCUGCUCGGCCAGACGCCCGAGUUCCGCUCGUACUGCCACACCAAGGCCGAGUACCAAGAGUACGGACCCAGUAUCGUGCGGAGAUUUGCUCUCCUGGGCGGGCCCGGCGGCUCGUAA